AUGGAGUCCAACUUAGCAAGCCUUCCUCGUGAUGAAGGUCAGGUUCAGAUUGAUACCGAGGAGCUUGAAGAUCAGUUUAGAUGUAGCAUUCACAAGGUUCCUAAGAAUCUUCGGAAAGUAAAUGAAGAAGCCUACACUCCCCUAAUAAUUGCAAUAGGCCCUUAUCACCACGGCAAAGUAGAAUUGGCUGACAUGGAAGAGCAUAAAAUGAGAUAUAAGGAAGAAUUUAACGAUCGAUUCGGCCAGGAUAAACAGAAGGAAUUCAAAAAAUAUAUCAGAGACAACGAAAGUCAAAUCCGCCGUUAUUAUGCUGACCCAUCCAACCUUUCGAGUGCAAACUUUGUUAAAAUGAUUCUACUUGAUUCUGUCUUCAUCAUCGAGCUCUUCUUGACAUAUCAACUUAGAGAUAGAAGUGAUUUUUUGCUGGAGAAAGUAUGGCUAGGACCUUUAAGACGAGACUUGCAAUUACUCGAAAAUCAGCUUCCCUAUUUUGUGCUUGAGGAAUUAUACAUAUUAGCCUGUCUCUCCGCCAACCAAGUUGAAAAAUUGCAUCCUCCUUUCCGUACUCUCUCUUGUGCUUUCUUUGAUCUCCAUCUCUUGCACAACAUAUCACCUCCGGACAGAGAGAUCAAAGUUAAACAUUUCACAGAUUUAUGCAGACGAGCUCUUGUUGGAAUUCACCAGAUGGGCAGCGUAGGAACAAUCAACAGAAGGAUGAAAGAAGUACCAAACGCAGUCAAGUUGCAAAAGUCUGGAGUGAAGUUUACGCCUCUUUCGGUGGAGCUGGGGAAUUAUUUAGUUGACGUACACUUAGAAAAGAGAAAAGGAAGAAUAUUAUCAUUCUCUAAUGCAGUUGAGAUGCGAAUCCCAUGCCUUUACGUAAAUGAUGACACCGAAUGUUUGAUUCGAAAUGUGAUGGCCUUGGAGCAGUGCUAUUAUCCGUCGGAAACUUACGUAUGCAGUUAUAUUGAGCUAAUGGAUUAUCUUAUCGAAAACGAAGAAGAUGUGGAUUUCCUUGCUGAUAAAGGAAUUAUUUACAAUAAUGUGGGCAGCGAUGCUGCAAUAGCGGAAAUGAUUAAUAAGCUUUGCCGACAGAUUCCACAAAGUUCCCUUCACUCCGACAUUUAUAAGGAUCUGAUAAGGCACUACGGCAAUCGUUGGAACCAUGCCAGGGCAACCUUGAAAAGAGUAUAUUUCAGCAAUCCUUGGAGAAGCACCGCAACAGUUGUAGCGGUUAUACUCUUGCUGCUCACUUUAACCCAAACUGUAUUUUCUAUCUUGCAACUGCUCUUGGCUUGA